UUUCCAGAAUUAUUCCUGUAUUAAGGAUUCAUUCAUUCAUCCACUUACCAUUUAUUGAAUGCUGUCUGUGUGACAGGAACGAUUCUAGAUGCUUGGGAUAUAGCAUUGAACGAAAGAGACGAACUCCCUGCUAUCAUGGUACUUUGUUGUGGGCCAGAUAAUAAGUGAGCUCUGCCUUCUGAGCCCUGUCCAUUCCCAGAAAGAAGAGGCAAUGACUGAGUCCCAGGAAACAGUGACAUUCAAAGAUGUGGCUAUUGACUUCACCCAGGAAGAAUGGCAGCAGUUGGAUCCUGCUCAGAGGAACCUGUACCGGAAUGUGAUGCUAGAAAACUAUAACAACUUAAUCACAGUGGGCUGUCCAUUCACCAAACCUGAUGUGAUUUUCAAGUUGGAGCAAGAAGAAGAACCAUGGGUGGAGGAAGACGUGUUAAGGAGACACUGUCCAGGAGAAAUAUGGGGAAUUGAUGAGCAUCAGAAAGUCCAGGACAGACUUGUCACACAACUUGAAGAUAAAUUCACAAAAACACUGACUGAAGAAAAAGUCAAUGAAUAUCAUAAGAAAUUUGCAACUGCUUUUCCUCCAAACUCAGACUUUUUUCCUUCCAGUCACAAUCUCUAUGGCUAUGACUUAUUUGGAAAGUGUUUAGAAGAUAAUUUUGACUGUCAUAAUAAUGAGAGAAUCCUUAUAAGAAAGGAAGAUUGUGAAUAUAAUGAAUCUAUGAAAUCAUUUGGCAAUAGCUCAUCCCAUCUUGUAGGAACCCCCUUUAAGUGUAAUCAUUGUGGAAAAGGAUUCAGUCAAACCUUGGAUCUCAUCAGACACCUGAGAAUUCAUACUGGAGAGAAACCCUAUGAAUGUAAAAAAUGUAGAAAAGCCUUCAGCCACAAGGAAAAACUUGUUAAACAUCAUAAAAUUCACAGUAGGGAGCAGUCUUAUGAAUGUAAUGAAUGUGGGAAAGCUUUCAUUAAAAUGUCGAAUCUCAUUAGACAUCAAAGAAUUCAUACUGGAGAGAAACCCUAUGCAUGUAAGGAAUGUGGGAAAUCCUUCAGCCAGAAAUCAAAUCUCAUUGAUCAUGAAAAAAUUCAUACUGGUGAGAAACCUUAUGAAUGUAAUGAGUGUGGAAAAGCAUUCAGCCAGAAGCAAAGCCUCAUUGCCCAUCAGAAAGUUCAUACUGGGGAAAAACCUUAUGCAUGUAAUGAAUGUGGUAAAGCCUUCCCUCGAAUUGCAUCCCUUGCUCUUCAUAUGAGAAGUCAUACAGGAGAAAAACCUUAUAAAUGUGAUAAAUGUGGAAAAGCCUUCUCUCAGUUUUCCAUGCUUAUUAUACAUGUGAGAAUUCAUACAGGUGAGAAACCCUAUGAAUGUAAUGAAUGUGGAAAAUCCUUUUCUCAAAGCUCAGCCCUUACUGUACAUAUGAGAAGUCAUACUGGUGAGAAACCCUAUGAAUGUAAGGAAUGUAGAAAAGCCUUCAGCCACAAAAAAAACUUCAUCACGCACCAGAAGAUUCAUACUAGAGAGAAACCUUAUGAAUGUAAUGAAUGUGGGAAAGCAUUCAUUCAGAUGUCAAAUCUCGUUAGACACCAGAGAAUUCACACUGGAGAAAAACCCUAUAUAUGUAAGGAAUGUGGCAAAGCCUUUAGCCAGAAGUCAAAUCUCAUUGCUCAUGAAAAAAUUCAUUCUGGAGAGAAACCCUAUGAAUGUAAUGAAUGUGGUAAAGCCUUCAGCCAAAAGCAAAACUUUAUUACACAUCAGAAAGUUCACACUGGAGAGAAACCUUAUGAUUGUAAUGAAUGUGGUAAAGCUUUUUCUCAGAUUGCAUCCCUUACUCUUCAUCUGAGAAGUCACACAGGGGAAAAGCCUUAUGAAUGUGAUAAAUGUGGGAAAGCUUUCUCUCAGUGCUCAUUGCUUAAUUUACAUAUGCGAAGUCAUACAGGUGAGAAGCCCUAUGUAUGUAAUGAAUGUGGAAAAGCUUUCUCUCAAAGAACUUCCCUUAUUGUGCACAUGAGAGGUCAUACAGGUGAGAAACCCUAUGAAUGUAAUAAAUGUGGAAAAGCCUUCUCCCAAAGUUCCUCCCUUACUAUACAUAUACGAGGUCAUACAGGUGAGAAACCGUUUGACUGUAGUAAAUGUGGAAAAGCCUUCUCUCAAAUCUCAUCUCUUACACUUCAUAUGAGAAAACAUACAGGUGAGAAGCCUUAUCAUUGUAAUGAGUGUGGUAAGGCUUUCAGCCAAAAGUCACACCUUGUUAGACACCAGAGAAUUCAUACUCAUUAGAAACAGAAACCUAAUGAAUAUUGUGAUAUGGAAAAGCCUUCAGAAGGAAUUACCUCCUCCUUGCACAUUACGUAACCAGUUCUAGAGCAGAAAACUGUGAAUGUGGGAAAGCCUUUUAAAGAAGUCACACAAUUGUGAAACAGAAUUCUUAUCAGGGUGACAAAUUGUAUAAUGAAAAAGCUGAUCAUCAAAAACCUUCAGCAGACAUCUUAUCUAUUGAUGAUAUUUAUUCAGCUUUCUCAUUAAAAUCUGAAAUAAGAUAUCUGCUAUUAGCAUAUCAACAUGAUACUUGAGCUUCUAGCCAAUGUAUAAGGAAGAAUAAGGAGAUUGUGAAAAAAUAGAAACUGUAAAAAUAACCUUUUAUAUGAGAAAUAAUAAGAAAAUGUGUUGAUAUAAAAUAUCCAAGAAUAAACACAACAAUGAAUUAUGAGACAUAUAUAAAAUUAUAAAACAUUUUGAAGGGCACAAAAGAACACCUGAAACAUUGAGAAAAAUUACAUUGUCUGAAAAGACUUGACAUGGUAAAAAACAAAUUCUCUCACAAAU